AUGCCUUGAUGACGUAAGCCAUAGUUCCAUAAGAAUGUCUUCCACAUAAUAAAAAGUCUUGAUAUUUUUGUAGAUCUAGAUUAUCAAGAAUCACAAGUCUGUAAUCACACCAUCAAUGAAGACUAUCUCCGUGUUGGUCUUCUUCUUCCUAAUCUUUCUCAUGGCAGAAGCCCAGAGCAAGAACCGGACAGGCUGUGCUGAAACAUUCUCAUGUGGAAGCCUCGACUUCAGCUUCCCUUUCUACAACACAUCCAUGCCGUCUCGAUGCGGUCUGUUCAAGCUGCAGUGCACUGAUUACCAGAUCACAGAGAUACAGCUUGAGGAAAAAGGGGAAUGGUACAAAGUGACAAGCGUCUCCCAAGCCAACACCAUAACCGUCACCGACCCAAGGCUUAACAGAAGCUUGGAAACAGGAUCCUGCAGUGACGUGUCAAACUUCUCUCUUCCAGAUUCUCCAUGGAUCAACAUGACCACUUUGUACAAAUGUAACAACAGUAGGGAGAAUGGUUUCACUUUUGCGAAUUGCAAAGGAGGAGGAAGCAGCUUGUAUUACUCCGAGUUGCAAGAUAAUUCAGGGUGUUCAGCCAUCAAGACACCAGAGAGCUGGGUGAAUCCAAGUCACAUGAACCAGUCUAUUCUUAAUGCUACUUUCUCUCUUCAUAUAGACCUGCCUGAAGGCUGCUAUCGCUGCCAUAGACAAGGAGGGGAAUGUACGAUGGUCAAAGAAGAGUUUCGCUGUCUCGGGCGAAGGGGAGGACGCAAAGGACCAAACUACUACCAAGAUGAGAAGUUAAAGAUAGGAUUAGGAAUAGGAGGAUCUCUCAUCUUGAUAAUUGUGAUGAUGAUUAUCGUGGCCCUUAUAGUAAGAGUAAGAGUAAGAAAAACAAGAAAGAGUGAUUGGAAUGCCGAGAGCGUUGAAGCAGUUGUAAUGUUGAAACGCUAUAGUUACGCAAAAGUGAAGAAGAUGACAAACUCAUUUGCACAAGUUCUCGGGAAAGGAGGAUUUGGAACUGUCUACAAAGGAAAGUUACCUGAUGGAGGCGUGGAUGUCGCAGUGAAGAUCUUGAAGGAAGGAAAAGGAACUGGAGAGGAGUUCAUCAACGAAGUAGCCAGCAUGAGUAGAACAUCUCACGUAAAUAUUGUCUCUCUCCUUGGAUUCUGUUAUGAAGGGAACAAGAGAGCUAUAGUAUACGAGUUCAUGCCGAAUGGAUCCCUCGACAAGUUCAUCUCCGAGAAUAUGUCAACCAAGAUAGAAUGGGAGAGGUUAUAUGACAUUAUGGUAGGUGUCUCUCGCGGCCUAGAGUAUUUACACAACCGUUGUGUAUCCAGGAUUGUGCAUUUCGAUAUAAAGCCGCAAAACAUACUCAUGGAUAAAGAUCUUUGUCCCAAGAUUGCAGAUUUUGGUCAUGCUAAGCUUUGCAAAAACAAAGAGAGCGCUAUGUCAAUGCUAGACGCUAGAGGGACGGUAGGAUACAUUGCCCCUGAAGUGUUUAACAAUAAUUUUGGAGGAGUUUCGCAUAAGUCAGAUGUGUAUAGUUAUGGGAUGGUGAUUCUUGAGAUGAUUGGAGCAAAGAAUAUAGAAAAUUGCGAAGAAAUUGGUAUUGGUUGGUCUAUGGUGUAUUCAGACCAAUCCUUCUGACCGUCCACCGAUGAUCAAAGUCAUUGAGAUGUUAGAGGAGAAUCUAGAGGAUCUCCAGGUUCCACCUAAACCUCUCUUUUGUUUACCCACGGCAACGGUUCCAGAAACUGUAGACGAAACUCUAGAAGACAGUCAUGAGAUUUCAAGCUUCUCUAGACCAAGUAACUGAAGAUGUAUAUGCUGGGUUAGUUCGUGAAGUACUACAGGAGGUAGUACAUGUGUGUGUCAUGAAGAUGGGCUAAGUUGGAGUUCGUGUUUUGUGAUGUCGGUUGGCUUGUUAAGCUUGGAGAAGAAGUAAUAUAUUUAUCAGAAAGUUUACAUUAAAGAUAAAUGAUAUUACUUGGAGAGGAAAAGGCAAGAGAGUUAUUUCCUAAGAGAAAAAGGAAAGUUACUUAAGUUGCUUUUGGAAGAACUUGUGGGGCAAGUUCUGGUUAUCUAUACAAGGAGGACGUGCCUCCAUGGAGAAAGGUGUCUCUGCUAAAAAGAAAGAAGAGUUGAGAGAUCGUUUGGUGUGUGCUUGUGUGAUCAAGCCUUUGGUGUCACUGCUGUGCGUUAGUUGCUGACGUAGUUGGUGAAGUACUUCCGUGAAGUGGAAGAUUGAAGCCUAGACUCAGGGGGAGUUUAGCU